UAAUCCGUUGUCUGGGAGCGGAGAGGUCGUCGAACUCAAGUAACUGCGGGUUCAAGAAGGGCCGGUUUUCGCUUCCAUCGUGGAAUGCCAAGCUCGACCACAGCAUUGUAACUCAAAUCUCAUCUCCAAAUACGUCAGAGCCGCCCAAGAAGCGCCAACACGAAUUAGAGCUUUCACGAGGCAAUAAUACCGGAGAUAAAGACAAGGAGAAAGCAGCAAGAUAUAAGGCUGCCAAUGACAAGGUAAAAGCAGCAAGAUAUAAGGCUGCCAAGGACAAGGCUGCCAAAGAUAAGGGUGGCAAACCGAAGGACGGUGUAAAUGACUAA